AUUUAUAAACUUGUUCGAAAUAACUCUGUCUCAUGUCUUCCUCAAGGAAGAAAGUAUUGUAUUUGACUGUGGGCGGUUUGUCCUUUGCAGGUGCAUUGGGGGCAUGGACUUAUUUCAAAAGAAACGCCUACGACGAUGACGACGUCAAGCCUGAAAAGGUGGCAACAAAAGUGAAGAAAUCGGACCUGAGGCUGAAACAGGUGCAGAUUAUAUUCCGCCAUGGAGCCCGAACGCCCAUACAUCUCAUCCCCAAUGUCGAGGAGGCAACAUAUGACAGCAAGAAAUGGAAGGCCAUUUAUCCCAACACUUUGUAUGACUACGAGGUCUUAAAUGUAGAUGGGGGUCCACAACCGGAGUCUAAGUAUCAGGCUCACUACGAGAAGUUAGGCUUACUGAAGGGAGGCUGUCAGUAUGGAAUGUUGACCUAUUUAGGACAGGAACAGACCCUUAACCUGGGGAAGCAACUAAGAAAGGCUUAUAUAGGCAAGAGUCCAGGGAAACUGAUGUAUGACUAUGACCCUAACUUAGUAUAUUGUAGGACAACCAAUAUGAACAGAACCAAGGACUCACUACGUUGCGUUCUGGCCGGGGUGUUUGGGGCGGAGAAACUCAAAGAGUAUACGACCAAAACAGGUCAGAAGAUCAAGUUCUACACUGCUACUCAGAGUGACGAGCACCUGUUUCCUAACCCACACACAUGUCCGAUGCUCCGACAGGUUAACAGGGCAGCCAUUGUGGACGGGGUCAACAUACCGGAACUGAAAGAGGACCGAUUGGAGAUAGAGAAAGCACUAGGUUUGUCAGGUUCAGAAUGGAAAACCAAAAUUCACUUCAUCUCCGCCAGGGACGACAUCAUUGCUAGGAAGGCUCAUGGACUUGAGAUUCCAAAGAUACUCGUACCCUAUAAAGACAAAAUCAGCCGCAAUGCUGUGAAGAUGUUUACUUAUUCUUUUACAGGACAACAUGAGCUACAAAAUGACAUUUGUCUCAAGUUAUCAACUGGCAGGACGAUAGCACAUUUUAGGAAUGCUAUUCAAGACUUCCUCUCUAAUAAAAGACCGGUGCGCCUGCACUUAUAUUCUGCCCAUGAUUCCUCCCUCAUGGCUCUUCUACUUGCCUUUAAGCUGGAUUCUAGAAAAUGGCCGCCAUUUGCCUCCAAUCUUGUUAUAGAAUUAUACGAGUGUAAUGUAACUAAAAAGUAUUACGUAAUCGUCAGAUAUAAUGGGCAGGCUGUGAUCAUCCCUAAACUGGUGGAGAAGUAUGUCCACUUCUGGAAGGAGUCGGUCGUCCCGCUGGAGUACUUCAUGAAGUACCUGAACGAGGAGAAGGUGAUGGAGGCCAAGGAGUACAAACGAGUCUGCGAGUCCAACAUACUAGAAAUCAUCUCCGAAGAAAUUGAGAAACGAGAAGAGGGUGUUGUCAAACUGGACGAAGAGGUGGAGGAGAUGACAGACAACCCAGCUGGACUGUAGACAGGCGUGAUUAUUGUUAUAAAAUGGGUGUGGCAUAAGAAAGUGGGCGUGGUUGAAGUAUAAAAAGAGGCGUGGUUGCAUGAUGAGUGACAUGGUUUGAAGAGAAAAAAAUGGGACAUGGUUCCAGCCAGUCAAGCAUAGCUCAGUGAUACAAAGAGUUCUUUGGAGAGAUUAGCUCAGAGAGAACCUUUGUGGAUAUCAAACUUUAUAAUUUUUGUGUACUUUUUUUUUUUGGACAAUCAUAGUCUCACUAAAGCUUUUCUGAAAUGCUUUUAUCAAUUUUGAAUUGAAGAUCCUAAAUAUGUUUACAAAUAUGGUACAUAUAUUUUGAAAGAAUUUUUUAAUCUAUUUUUGUUUUUUAUUUUUUCUUCGUUUGUGACACAUUAGUACUGAAAUAUUAAUAUCUAGUCGCUUUUCAUCUUAAUUUUGUUUUUUGGAAUUAUUGGUGCAUUAUAUUCAGGUACUUUAUCAAAGAUGUUUGCUGCAAAUUGUUAUUUUGAAUAGUAUAUAGGAUAGCUGCAAUAAUGUAGCCCUCUCCUGAUUUUUUUAAGGGAUCAAAUUAUAUAUCGAUCAGUCAAUUUGAUGAAGAAAUAUGUAUAAUUUCCUUAUCUUGAAUUUCAAAGAUUUUCUAAAAUUUUAUUCUCUCACAAAAAUGCAUAGUAAUUAGUUGUUAAAGGUAUUUGAAAUGUUGGCAGUCAGAAAUUUUGUGUCCUUUCUAUUUCGAAAUAGAAUGGACACAAAAAGCUGUGGCUUUUGACAAUGUGGUAUUAAAAGGGUAACUUUGUCUUUUCUAAAAUAUUUCAUUCAUUAAUAUGUAGUUUAUAUAUUUAGCCCAUUUAUUUUUGUGCCAAGCAAUUUUGUCAUCUCUGCUUUACUUAAAAUAUUUAAUACUGCAUACAGGGUUUUGCACACAAACACAUAUACUUUGAUUUAAGUUUACUUUUGUUAUUGAUUCUGAGGGUUGUUUUUUUUUUUUUCGGGGGGGGGGGGGGGGGUGGUUCUGGACA